UUUAAACACUGUAAUUUUCAACUCGGUUUACCAGACAUCAAACAUGUAUGGUAGCAAAUUCACAGUGUAGUGCUGAAGAUGCUGUGAAGGUAGGCAUCCUGGGUAAAAUAAAUAUCAGCUGUGUUUGUCCAGUCAGUUUACCCUGCAGACAUUAAGCUUACUAUCAACAGCAGAGGAAGCCAGGUGGCUGGAAGAAUAUAUUAUGAGGCACACACUAUUCACGCAUUUCAGAAACUAAAAACUGUCAGCAUGGAUAGUAUUGUAUAUAGGGCUGAACAGUUAACUGAUCUGAAGCUGCAGUUUGACACAGUGUGACCGGAAUAUUACAAAAGCUGUAGAUCAGGAUAUGUGAGGUGUGGCUAGAAAAUAAUGAGAUUAAUACUUCAAUUCUAUUUAAUUCAAACAGACUGAAACCUCAAGGGCUGUUCAUUCUUGUUCGUUGAUCUAUGUAUGCUACGUGGUUCAGACAUGCACACUGUGUUGACUGACGUCUCGCUAUUUAAUAGGCACACCUCGUACAUUUCGCAGUGUGACUAAACUGCUGUGCCAAUGGUUUUAACAAUUUUAUGCUGUCCUCCUUCUGUGACAGUCAUACGCCAUAAAAAGAUGAUGAAUGGUUCAUGUGGCAAUGCUCCAUCACAUGUUUUAAAUCUGUGAAACUGAAUAUUGAACUGAGGCAUGAUUUUUAAAUAAUGAUUCUACAAAUCCAAUUGCAAAUAGUGAUUUUAAUCCAGUUCGUUCAGCCCUAAUUCUCUAUAUGUAGUCCUGUAAUAAAUCCUACCUUCGUAAAGAAUGUAAUGCUCACUUUUUGUGAAAAUCCUUUUAGGGAGUUAUUUGACUCAACUUGUUCAUUGGAAAGGUUUGUUGAAUUUGUUGAAUUUUAUCAACUGACUAAAACUGGUUUAACAGAGUUGAAUAGAAGUUCUGAGGAUCUGAAGUCAGAGACUGAAAGUUCCAUCUUAGGCUGGUCGACUUUAAAUCCCUCAUUCAUUUCUACAGUCAACCUAUGGAAUCCAACGUCACCAACCCUCAUAAAUGUCAUCAGAAAUGAAAAAUGAAGGAGAUAAUUUUCUUUCUCUUAAUAUUUGAAACUGUUUCUGUUCUUGAAAUUAUCCAACAUAGUUGUCAAGUAAUUUCUCAAAGCCUCGAGCUCAAACUUUCCUCAGAUAUGGCUAUGAUUGAGUGUUUUCAAGCUGUGUGUCAUUUCAAGAGCUCAAGAGACUUACACAAUGAUGGAAAAAAGUACAAAAAUGACUGCAAAAGCUGGCAAAAAAUCAAUGCCAUUUUACCUCAGUUAAAUUUUAAAAUAAUUAUAUUCACAACAGAACAGAGUAAAACUGCAAUUUUUUUUGUUAUCAGUAGUUACAUGAUUAAGUUGAAGAGGUCCUAAGUACUUGCAUAAUGCCCAUCUGCCACACUUACAUGAUUAAGGACGGGCUAAAUAACAUGAAAUUCAAUCAGCACUUCUCUAAAACAAUUUCAAAAGAAACUGAACAUCACAACCUUAAUGAAAGUAGGAUUUACUGCAAGGCAGUUUAACUACACUUUUAUUUUUUGCAAGGUGAAUGUAAUAGAAGAGUAGCUGAUGGUUGUUAUUGCCUCAUAAAUGUGGCCCACUUUAUUGCGACCAUAUCUGCCCAUUUAAAAUUUGUGACUACUGACUUCAAAUUCCAACCUUUACCAACAGAAAAUACAGACGGCUAACAAAAUAAUUAAAAAACUUGAACCCUUGCUCACUUGAUUAAAGAUAUUUGGUGUCUCUUAUGCUGCUGGGGGCAUUUUGCUGAUAUGGUUUGAGCCCACUUGUCCCAUUAGAGGAAGGGUGACUGAAAAUCAAUACAAAAUUGUUCUGUGCGAUCACCUUUGUCCCUACAAUAAGACAUUUUUAUCCUGAUGGAAGUGGUCUCUUCCAGUGUCCCCAUCCAAACGGGUCAAUGAAGGGUUUGAUGAGUAUGGAAAUGAUGUGAGGGCUGCUCAGUGGUGUAGUGGUUAGCACUUUCGCCUUGCAGCAAGAAGGUCCCUGGUUCGCGUCCCGGCUUUCCCGGGAUCUUUCUGCAUGGAGUUUGCAUGUUCUCCCUGUGCAUGCGUGGGUUUUCUCCAGGUACUCCGGCUUCCUCCCACAGUCCAAAAAUAUGCUGAGGUUAAUUGAUUACUCUAAAUUGCCCGUAGGUGUGAAUGUGUGAGUGCUUGUUUGUCUCUGUAUGUAGCCCUGUGACAGACUGGUGACCUGUCUAGGGUGUCCCCUGCCUUCGCCUGAGUCAGCUGGGAUAGGCUCCGGCACCCCCCCGUGACCCUAGUGAGGAAUAAGCGGUGUAUAGAUAAUGGAUGGAUGGAUGGAUGGAAAUGAUGUGAAUCAUUUGCCAUGGCUUUCACCAUCACCAGAUCUAAACCAAACUGAACAGCUAUUAGAGAUUUUGGACCGACAUGUUAGACAGUGCUCUCCAGCAUUGUUAUCAAAACACCAAAUGUGGGAAUCAAUGUCAAAAAGCAGUGGCGGAAAACGAUGACCCAGCAUCUUACUAAGACAUUUUAUGUUGCUUUUCCCUUUAGUUUAUCACCUGUCUGUUUGUACUUUAUGUAUACUAUAGCUGACACUUGAUCAAUGAUUCUAUACUGCAGUAAAUGUGGCUGCAUAACUACAGUUUUUGUAGUUAAGUUGCACUUGUUAAUUUAGGGCCACCACCUCAGUUUACUGAGAAAAUUAUCAUUUUAGACUAAGUCUCAAAGAGACUUUGAUUUAAAAUGAAGCUGAUCAGUCUGUUAUCUGAAAGUUUUAAGUGCUGAUUUCAUUGACAUCCAGUUCCCCAAAGAAAUACAUGAUAGAACCAACAAUAAUUAUACACAAACAUUUAUUAACUAAUACCAGAAACAAACUAUAAACAACAACAGACAGUACAUAAAUGAAUGAAUGAAUAAAUGCAGAUAAAUUAUUAACUGUGAUCAUCACUGGAAGCUCUUGGCAGAAAGGUGAUGAAUUUAGAAUCACUCUGGAAUUGGAAAACCAAUUGUAAUUUGUAAAUUCACCCGUUAAGCAGAAGAAAAAUGAUAUUUUGCUUAGCCUUUGUAGUAGUGAGAGGAAUGUCGCUGCAGCAUGUGUAGUUGUGAUGAUCUGCUGGAUGAGUUGGUUCAGGAACGCACAGACAAAAAGGCGCUUUGGCAGGUUUGCGUUGCAAAAAUGUGCCAAAGUAAAAACAGUAAGAGUCAAAGCUCAUAGUUAAACAGAAAAUAUUUACGCUGUUAUAGUAUUGAAGUUAACUUAAGUAGUCCAACUUUAAGUAAACACAGGAAAACAAAGCCCUAGUUCAAAGUUGAGCCAUUCGUUUCUUUAAGCCAUCAUAAAAACCCAGUUUUAAGCCACGUCUUAUUUUAAGUUUUAAUGAAAAAGCCCGUAUCAAAAAGCAUUUUUCCUCUGAGUUGCUCAGUUGUCCUGCUGCAUUCCACUGACUUUCCUCUAUCUGGAAAGCUUUGGAGCCAAAUUCAAAUCAGCAUCUAGCCAGUCGUGGAUGUGUUGCUACCAAGGUGUGAUGUUGAGCUUCACUGUCCAGGAGAGGUCAGAGGCUAAAUACCUUUAGAAGUUACUUUUAGUUCAUUUCUUAAACAUACAAAUCCAGCUGUUAAAUAUCUAUGAUGAUCACAGAUCUAAAAUACCACUGAAUAGAAGACUAGGACCAAACAUAAUAUGUUUAUCUCUAUGAUUCCUAAGAUAAUAAUAAAAGGUAUGAACAUAAUCAUAAACUGACAGAUUGUAGACUUUAGGCUACACGUAAGUAAAUUUAUAAUAUAGCCAGAACACAAGCAUAUGUAUUUAUUAAUAAGAAAAUAAGACAGAGGAAGUAUAUAUGCUUAGAGUAAAAAGUCUCUCUCUGCCUUUAUGGCUGUGGUCUGUGACAGAGAGAAGGGAGGUGUUUGUGUCAUGUGUGCUUCUCCACAAACACUUCAGAUUCCUGGUCCUCAUCAACCUGUAAUCAGAGACUGAGUCCUGAUCGUCACUCCGGUGCUGCUGCAGUUCCUUAAUGUUCUGAUUUAAACUGUUCAGUUCAUAGCAAAUUCUGUGUGUUAGGUAGGGAGAUCAGAAGGUCACCAUGAAGAAUGCAAAUCCUCUCCUUCAGAGGUGUGAUUUUCCUCACAGUUGACACUUUAUGCCCCCUGUCAGAUUCUGGUGGAGGUAGGAGGCAUCCUGUUGUCUCCAAGACAGCUGUUAGUAAACAUCUGAUCAACUGGUGUUCCAUUUGGAUGUGAGUUGUGGGUUAGCUGUCUUCUGAAAGGGUUUCUUACUAAAUUUACAGCUUUGGGAAAGAGAUAUCUGAAUUCUCUGCGUGUUGCUCUGGAAUGUUCUGCUCCUCAGUCUGUUACAAUACAAUAAGACCACCCAACUACUUCUGUUCUCUAAAUAUUCUCAUCUGCCUUCGGUUCCCAGUCUCAAAGCAUCAGAUUCUGGCAGGAGGCUUCAUAGUACAAGAAAAAUCCAAACUAGCAUCUUAUGUUAAAGACUAAUUGGAUAAAUGUAUGUCCAACAGCACUAAUUCAACUGUUAAAUAGAUAAUCACAACUUUCAAAAAGGCAGAGUCUCUGUGAUAUUCAUUGUGAGAUCAUUACAUAAACAUCUACAGUCAUGGAAAAAAAUGUUAGCCCACCCUUGUUUUCUUCAGUUUCUUGUACAUUUUAAUGCCUGGUACCACUAAAGGCAUAUUACCUGAAGAAUACAAUGAACACGACAUAAAAUGCAGCUGAUUACAUAAUACUUUAUGUCCUAUUUGACAUGCUCAAGUUUAAUUGUAUUCCCAUGGUAUAUAAGAGGCCAUUUCAUGUCAUCAGCAGCACUGCACAUGCAAAGGCCUAGAGUGGUUUCCUGUUUAGAUUCAAGCCGUAGCACAACUCAGAAGUUGUCAGCUCUCACAUAAUACCUAAAACAAAGAAUUAUAUGAAGCUAUAAAGGCAACUCUCUUGGCACUGCUGGAAAUUGAAGUUGUUUCAGUAUGGGUGGAACAAGGCAAAUGCAAUUGUGUGAAGGGGGAAUGAACCAGGUCAUGUACAGGGCUACUCUUGAAAACAGUCUUCUUCCAUCAGCUGGAAAACUCUGCCUCCAAUGAAUGGAUUUUCCGACAAGACAAUGGCCCCUGGCCACACGGCAAGGUCAGUUAAAACCUGGAUGGAGAACCAGAACAUUGGAACCAUGCCUUGGCCUGCUCAAUCACCAGAUCUAAAUCUAAUUGAAACUCUGUAGAAAAUCAUCAAAUGCAAAAUGGAGAACCACAAGCCCAAAAACAAAGCAAAUUUGUUUAAAUUUUUGCAACAGGAAUGGGCUGCUGUGACAGCAGAACAAUGUCAGAAGCUCGUGGAGAGAAUGCCAAGAUGCAUGGCUGCAGUCAUCAAAAACAAUAGUUAUGCAAUCAAGAUCUAACUCCUGUGUGUAUCAUGUGACUAAAACAGACAGAAAAGAAAACAUGGAAUGCCUAAAAGCACUGUUUCUGGCAGUACAAUGCCAUAGCUAUCGAUGAAAGAACUUGAGUGAUUUUGGUUAUUAUCAAGAAAACCGUGGAAAAUGGCUCGAUAUUAGCUCUUAAGUUAAACACUUAUGAGCUAUUUUUGUUGUUAUCAUUAUAUUUGUCCAAAAAAAUCUACCUUUAGUUGUACCAGGCAUUAAAAUGAACAAGAAAUUGAAGAAAACAAGAGUGGUCUAAUAAUUUUUUCCAUGACUGUAUAUAUCAAGCAAACUUUAUUCUUGAUCGAUGUUCUUUAAUAUGUUGUUUUGUGUCUGUAGUGCGUCUUGACAAGGAAGAGCUCAGAUCAAGAAGAACAGGUUUUUUUUUUUUUGUGGUUAUCAUACCUACUUUUUGGUCAGCCUUUUCUAUGCAAAUUUACUUUCACGUUUUUCACACAAUUUUUGUAUGGACAAAUGAUGCCACAUAACUUCAGAUAACUAGACUUGUGUGUGUCUGCAAACAUGAUGGAACUGUACCCAUUCAAUGUCAGUGCUUGUAUUCUAAGUUGGAAAAGGUAUUCCUGUGAGAAUUACUCCUAGCAUUGUUUGUAUCCAAGAUGUGAAAAAGGGAAUGCUCUCAUGUUUCAGCAGGCUGACACACCUCUCUUAUUUCAGCCACAGUCUGGUUAUGAGUACGUAGCUUCACAUGCGCUUUAGAUUUGUUUAGAGGAGGAAAUUGGUACUGGAGGCUCAGACCUGCAGGAUGCAUUGCUACGAAAACUUGAUCAACUAUCUCAGCUGUGGGAUGAUCCUAACGGGACUGGGACACCUAGUGCUUCACAAGACGACACAGACCUCCUAUGGACGCCAUAUGGGACCUUCUCCUCCUGCUAGGACAGUACCUGCUAGAUUGGCCUGGUUCCUCCAGGAGAUGCCAGCUCUUCUAAUCCCCCUGUUUCUAAUUUUCACCUCGCAAAAUUCCUCCAGUAUGGGGAAAUACCUGCUGCUCGGAACCUUUUGCUUGCACUACUUUCAGAGGACAUUUGUCUAUUCACCCCGGACCAGAGGAAGGCCUUUCCCACUGGGUGUGAUGGUGGCAGGAGGUUUGAUCUGUUCUCUGAAUGGUUUCCUGCAGGGAUGCUACCUGCUGCAUUGUGCCCAGUUUGACCAUGAAUGGUCAGCUGAUUACCGCUACAAGACUGGUUUACUGCUGUUUUACACUGGAAUGGCCAUCAACAUACACAGCGACUGUAUUCUGCGCAACUUGAGGAAACCAAAUGAAAUAGUUUACAAGAUUCCUACCGGAGGCUUGUUUGAAUAUGUGUCUGGUGCCAACUAUUUAGGAGAGAUAGUGGAAUGGUUUGGAUAUGCUGUAGCCACCUGGUCCCUUCCAACACUCUCAUUUGCUAUGUUCAGCCUCUGUUUUAUUGGACCAAGAGCCUACUACCAUCACAGGUUUUAUCAAGAGAAAUUCAAAGACUACCCAAAGUUUCGAAAAGCUUUGAUUCCAUUCAUCUUCUGAGAGAAAAAGCACCUGCUAGCCAUCCUGUUUGGGGAGACAAUAAUUGAAGCAACAGCAGAAGAGGAGCACUGGCAUCUGCACGCCUGUUGUAUUGUUAAACAGAAAUUACAGUAAUUUUACUGCACAAAAAUCUCUUUGAUUUCUCUUCUAGUCAGACUUCAUUGUACAAAACCAUCAAAACGCUUUUUUUAUGUACAGCAUCUCUUAAAAAAUAUGAACAGAAAGGCACUGCAGCAGGAACAUCUCCUUGGAUUUUCAGAUUAGGCAUGUGGAAUGUUAUGGAUUGCAUGUAUAACAUAUGAAUAUAUAUGAAGAAUAUGGAAUUUUUUAGAAAUAUUACUGACAAAAUAUUAAUUCAUAAGACCACAUUAGACAUUGUCACUCACUCUAUAAACUGAAUUAUUCCUUUCUAAAUAACAGUGUUCAGUCUUCAUUUUGAUCACUACAAACCAGCAUCCCAUAGACUAAAGGUAAAAUAUCUAUUUUCCUAAUUCACAUCUUGAAUUAUAUAUCUCACAUCUAGUGCAAGAUUUGCUGUUUCUGUAGCAACUUGUAAUGCACUAAGUGUAGCCGUGAAGGAGUCCAACACACGUGGCUGCACAGGAGAGUCUCCAACCAGGGCGACAGGAGAGAACUCUGUGUAUUUAGUGUCUAGAAAAAUCCACCUUCUACUUGGGCUACUUUCCACCAGUCCACAGCCACAGAAGCCCAAGCUGUCCUCCAUGUGUUCUUCCAGGACAUCUGCAGGUAGAGUCCAGUGGUGAGCAUGAGUCAGAUCGACUAAAGAGUUCCCACCGUCGUGCUGCAGCGCUCUGGCCACGGACUCCAGAGACUGACAAAAUACCUCGACACCAAGAAGGUAUUCUGUCUGAGAGCACCCCAAUACUGAUGCUGUCUCUGGUGCUUCAUUCUUGCUCUAAGAUGAAAACAUGGCAUAAUGAAGACAUGUAAUCACGUGAUCACUGUGAAGAUCUAUGAAAUCAAUAAAAUUAACUAGUUAAACAGUAAAUAUUUGAUCUCACCUUGUGUCUAACAUAAGCAGCUAAGUGGGUCUCAGUACAUCCACCUCCAAGUAAGGCAGAUGGUUCCCGUAGGGUGAGCCUCAACACAUGUUCUGUCUUCUGGCAGACCACCUUUACACAUGAACACAUAAGGACACAACAUUAGUUCAUUUAUCACGUUCACCUCUCAUUAGUGGAUAUCACAGGAUGAUUUCUGUAGGUAAAAGUAAAAGGUAAUUGUAUGUAUUUUAAAAAUGGAUAUCUGAUAUAGAUGCUUUGUUAAAAGUGCUGUAGAGAAAGUUAAAUCUCUCUCCUGUGAAACACCAAAACUAUUUUACAUCUGCCCAAAUGUCUUUACAUUAGUGGUGUCAUGAUAUACCAGUAUUCACGAUAACUGUGAUAUUAAGUAAUAACACACAUCGGAAAUAAUCCAAUGCACAGAACUGUUUGGUUGAUAUUUGUAAUAUAAAGAACACACGGUACAAUUAUGAUUACAGACUCUCUCUCUCCACCUUCCUCCACUCGUAUUUCGAAUGGAAUUGAUUUGCCAAGAGACGAAAUCCACAAUAAACACAAUUAAAAACCAA